CUGUCCUUCAGAUUCCCUGUUUGUGCGGUGGUGCCUCGUGUUUACUGUGCCGAUGUUGUCCCAACAGCAAGAAUUCAACAGUGACACGUCUUAUCUAUGCCUUCCUUCUCCUCCUUAGUACUGUUCUUGCCUGCAUUAUGCUGGCACCAGGGAUGGAAGAGCAGCUGAAAAAGAUACCUGGAUUUUGUGAUGAGGGGCUUCAUACUCGGAUACCGUAUAUGGAUGGCUUUGUCAGCUGCGAUGUGUUUGUUGGGUACAGAGCUGUCUAUCGAAUCAGCUUUGCCAUGGCAGUGUUCUUCUUUCUCCUCUCUCUGCUCAUGAUAGAAGUGAAAACAAGUAAUGAUCCAAGAGCCUCGGUACACAAUGGGUUCUGGUUCUUCAAAAUAGCCGCCAUUGUGGCUAUCAUGGUUGGAGCGUUUUACAUUCCUGAAGGGCCUUUCACAAGAGCUUGGUUUGUUAUUGGUAUUUGUGGAGCUUUGUGCUUUAUUCUUAUCCAGUUGGUGCUUCUUGUGGACUUUGCUCACUCCUGGAAUGAGAGCUGGGUUGAGAGAAUGGAGGAGGGAAAUACUAAAUGUUGGUAUGCAGCUCUGCUGUCCUGCACAAGCUUGUUCUACGCCUUGUCGCUGGUUUUUGUUGUUCUAUUCUAUGUUUUCUACACAAAGCCUGAUGACUGCACUGAGAACAAGUUCUUCAUAAGCAUUAAUAUGAUCCUAUGUAUUGCUGUCUCCAUUGUUUCUGUCCUUCCAAAAGUUCAGGAACAUCAGCCUCGCUCUGGCCUCCUCCAGUCCUCCAUUAUCACACUCUACACCAUGUAUCUCACUUGGUCAGCCAUGUCCAAUGAGCCUGAACGAAAUUGUAACCCAAGUUUGCUGAACAUCAUUACCCAGAUAGCUGCACCCACAAUUGUUCCAGCAAAUACCACUGUUGUACCUGCUACGCAAGCUCCGCCAGCUCCACCCAAGUCCCUACAGUGGUGGGAUGCCCAGAGUGUUGUUGGAUUGGUUAUCUUUGUCCUUUGCCUCUUGUAUUCCAGCAUUCGCUCUUCAAGUAACAGCCAGGUGAACAAGCUGAUACUCUCUGGGAGUGACAGUGCCAUUCUGGAGGAGACUGUGGGAACAGGCAGUGGGACUGGAGAGGAAGGAGAAGUGCGCCGUGUCAUGGAUAAUGAGAAGGAUGGUGUUCAGUACAGCUACACCUUCUUUCACUUCAUGCUCUUUCUUGCUUCUCUUUACAUCAUGAUGACACUGACCAACUGGUACAGCCCUGAUGCAGAUUUUAAAACAAUGACGAGUAAGUGGCCAGCAGUGUGGAUGAAGAUCACCUCCAGCUGGGUUUGUCUCCUCCUCUACCUUUGGACCCUAGUGGCUCCUCUUGUCCUUACUAAUAGGGACUUCAGUUAAAUUGCUGCACCUGUCUGAGCCUAGAAAAGUGGGGAACUUUUUGCUGAAAGCCAAAAUGUUCAUGUAUUGCUUUAGUUACACUGUCUAUAUUACUGUUUGUUGAUAUAAACAUGCAGAUGGAUAGAAAGUUACAUAUUGCAUAAUGCUUGAUGCAGGAUCAAAAUUAUCAGUUAUCUAUUUUAACCUUCAGUCAUGGUUAUCUUAUUACUGCAUUUUUCAAAUUCACUACAGCUGUGCUGUCAAAGCACAAAAGAAAAUACCUGUUCUGUCCAAUAGCC